CUCUUAAUUAAAUUUACAAAAUAAAGACACGUGUGGGAAAGUGCUCAUUAUUAGAGUCACAUUAAAAAUUGCGUCGAGUGUGUAGACUUUGCGUUAAGAAGAGAAAAGUGUACACUUGAAUACAUACGGGCAGUGCACUAUUAAAUUAGUUGUAAAGUGUUUUAAAUAGAAAAUAUAUUAAAGUGGACAUAUUAAUAAAUAUGUAACUUGUUUGUGAAAUUUUUUCUUCGUAAAAGCAUGAAUUUAUUUCUUUUACUUUCAUUAAAAAAGGAAAUAAAAAAAAUUAUAAGCAUGCUGCCGAACAAAUCGAAAAUUCUGAAUUAUUUUCACUAGUUCUAUCUACUUUUCCCGCAAACUUUAGAAAGCUUGUGCUGCAGGAAGUUUUCGCAUCCAUACAUAUGUGUACGUAUGUACACAUAUACAUAGAUAACCCGUUCAGUUAGGAACUGAUUAUAAACAUACUAGAGAAUAAAAAAAAACACCGAAGUAAUAUGAUUGCAAAUAAAUCUGUUUUCCUAUAAUCUAGUUUCGCACUCAACACCAGCGAUCACUAUUAUCAUUCGAAUUUUGUACUAGUUAGCAAAUAGAGCGAUUCUAAACAAUGGCAAUUCUACGCUUCUUUACUAUUGACGCCGAUAUAGCAGCCCAUCGACAAAAAAUUUUAAAACAGUUACAAAAUAAUUUUCCAAAUGUUGCAACUUUACAAGCGGAAAAAUGUUAUCAUGUUGAGACUUCAAUUCCGAUACAAAUCAAAUCAAAGGCUGAGUCAUUGCUAAGGUGGUUGCUUAAACACCCACAAGGUGAUAGGAGCAGUUUACACUUGCAGUCGCUGUUGCCGGCCGGUGAAAAUGAGACUAUUCUUAUUGAAGUCGGUCCGCGAUUCAACUUUUCAACUGCUUUUUCUACUAAUUGCGUGAAUAUAUGUCAGAAUGUGGGGCUUACACAAGUUAUACGAUUGGAAAGUUCUGUUCGUUAUCUGAUUGGUUAUACCGGAAAUAUUCCGGACACUGAUAAGUUAAUGGAAUUGUUAAGCGAUCGCAUGACUGAAUGUCGUUAUACUAGAGACAAUUUGCCUACAAACAGUUUCAACGAGCAAUUGCCACAAUCUCAAGAAUCUUGGUAUUCUGUGCCGGUGAUGGAACGAGGUCGAAAAGCUUUGGAAGAGGUCAAUGACAAAUUGGGCUUGUCUUUCAGUGAUUGGGAUUUAGAAUAUUAUACAAAUCUUUUUGAGAAAACAUUGAAACGAAACCCAACGACUGUAGAACUAUUUGAUUGUGCUCAAAGUAAUAGUGAACAUUCCCGUCAUUGGUUCUUCCGUGGCAAAAUGAUAGUGGAUGGAAUUGAGCAGCCCCAAUCUUUGAUACGCAUGAUUAUGGGUACUCAGUCCCAUACUAACGCGAAUAAUACUAUUAAAUUUAGUGACAACAGCAGCGCCAUAAAAGGUUUUAAGCAUCUUACCAUUCGGCCGCAGCGCUUUGACGGCCCAGGAGCAAUAGUAGUACAAUCAGUAGAAUCAGAUUUGAUUUUCACCGCUGAAACCCAUAAUAUGCCAACGGCUGUAGCCCCUUUUAGCGGCGCAAGUACUGGCACUGGUGGUCGUUUGAGAGAUGUUCAAGGAGUUGGCCGCGGUGGCUUACCAAUUGCCGGAACUGCCGGUUAUUGUGUGGGUUGUCUUAAUAUACCCGGUUUUCCCCAGUCCUAUGAAAAUCCCAAUUAUGUCUAUCCCUCCUCGUUUUCAAAGCCUCUAAAGAUAUUAAUUGAAGCUAGUAAUGGGGCUUCUGACUACGGUAACAAAUUUGGCGAGCCUCUUAUUACUGGAUUUGUGUGCUCGUAUGGCCUCACUAAUGCUCAAGGUGAACGCGAUGAAUACGUGAAGCCGAUUAUGUUUAGCGGUGGCAUGGGUGUGAUGGAGUCUUCAAUGAGACAAAAACUUGAUCCAAAGCAUGGCAUGUUGUUGGCAAAAAUUGGUGGUCCUGUUUAUCGCAUCGGAGUGGGUGGCGGUGCUGCCAGCUCUGUAGAGGUGCAAGGUUCCAAUGAUUCCGCUUUAGAUUUUAAUGCUGUUCAACGCGGUGAUGCCGAGAUGGAAAAUAAAUUAAAUCGCGUUGUCAGAGCAUGCAUUGAAAUGGGCGAUCGAAAUCCGAUCUUAGCUAUACAUGACCAGGGAGCGGGCGGUAAUGGCAAUGUUCUAAAAGAAUUAGUUGAACCUGGGUUUGCUGGUGCGAUAAUUUUCUCCAAGGAAUUUCAAUUGGGCGAUCCCACUAUCAAUGCUUUGGAGUUGUGGGGAGCUGAAUAUCAGGAGAACGAUGCUAUUUUAUGUAGACCGCAAGACCGUAGUUUGCUGGAGAGAAUUUGUGCACGAGAACGUUGUCCCAUAUGUUUUGUUGGAAUUGUAACGGGGGAUGGACGUGUUAGUCUUUUGGAAAGUUCUGCUGAUUUUGAUAAGGCUCUAAACCCCAAAGUGAAUCGUACGGACUUUGGUCCCAUGCCAUUUGACUUGGAACUUAAACAUGUUUUGGGGGAAAUGCCUAAACGUGAGUAUCAUCUUCAACGCUUGGCAACUCAUCUGCUGCCAUUGCAACUUGAACACAAAUUUGAUUACGCCGGCAGUCUAGAACGUGUUCUGAGUUUAGUAAGCGUAGGAAGCAAGCGUUAUCUAACCAACAAAGUCGACCGGUGCGUGAGUGGCCUGGUAGCGCAACAGCAAUGUGUAGGUCCGUUACAUACACCUUUAGCCGAUUUCGCUUUAGUAGCUGUUUCUCACUAUAGCAAAGAGGGCUUGGCUUCUUCACUAGGAACGCAGCCAAUAAAAGGUCUUUUAAAUGCUGGCGCCAUGGCGCGCAUGUCGGUUGCUGAGGCCAUAUCUAAUUUAGUGUUUGUUAAGAUUACUGAGCUGGCCGAUGUUAAGUGUUCGGGAAAUUGGAUGUGGGCUGCUAAAUUGCCUGGUGAAGGCGCACGCAUGUUCGAUGCCUGCCAAGAAAUGUGCAAAAUAAUGAAGGAACUCAAAAUUGCCGUCGAUGGGGGUAAAGACUCUCUAUCAAUGGCUGCAAAAAUAGGUGAAAGGACCGUUAAAUCACCGGGAACUUUAGUAAUUUCGACCUACGCUCCCUGUCCUGAUAUAAACGUUAAGAUUACACCUGAUAUCAAAGGUUCAGCGCACGGGUUAGAAACAGUACUCUUGUGGAUUAAUAUUGAAGGCAAAUUUCGCCUAGGUGGAAGUGCUUUAGCUCAAGUCCACAGUCAACAAGGCAACGAAUGUCCUAACGUUUUACGGACAGAUGUACUCAGUAAUGCUUUCAAGGUUACGCAAAAACUACUCUCUCAAGGCAACUUGCUGGCUGGUCAUGACAUUAGUGACGGCGGCUUAUUGAUUUGUUUGCUGGAAAUGGCCUUUGCUGGUUUGUCAGGGCUCCAAGUGAAUUUAACGAAUGUUAUAGACCAAAUCCCACAUAAAAGUUUAGAUGAAGCUAGUAGAGCUAUGCAGAAUCCCGAAUUGGCUAUACUGUAUGCUGAAGAAUGCGGUUGGGUCCUUGAGAUACAUCCUUCCUGUUUAUCGGAAGUCCAGGCCGCUUUUAGCGCGGCUUCUGUUCCUAACUAUGUGGUAGGUUGUGCUAAAGGAUACGGGCUGGAUUCGACAAUUACUGUUUCAGCCAAAGGAAGAACUCUACUUCACAGCAACGUGAAAACACUUUUCAAACAGUGGGAGCGUAUUAGUUUUGAAUUGGAGAAGUUGCAAACAAAUGCGGAUUGUGCCAUAGAAGAAUUCAACACUUUGGAUUAUCGCACAGGGCCUAAAUAUUUUUGUGCCGUAGAUCUCAACUCAGAAUUGAUACUGAAACGCGCCACUCGUUCGAUCCGCGUGGCAGUGUUACGGGAAGAAGGUAUUAAUAGCGAUCGGGAAAUGAUGGCUAGCUUAUUAAAGGCGAAUUUUGAAGUACACGAUGUUACUAUGUCCGAUUUACUUGAAGGUAAAACUACUUUGGAUCGCUAUCGUGGAGUGAUAUUCCCUGGCGGUUUUAGCUAUGCUGAUACUUUAGGUUCCGCUAAAGGAUGGGCUGCAAACAUAAUGUUCAGCGAGACGCUAGCUCCGCAAUUUCAAACUUUCAAGCAACGCAAGGAUACUUUUUCAUUAGGGAUUUGCAAUGGGUGUCAAUUAAUGAGUUUAAUCGGUUGGGUUGGUUCCUUUGAUGAAAGUACUGUUAAACAAAUAGUAGAUGUGCCUGAUGUUGCUUUAUUGCAUAAUAAAUCGGAACGUUUUGAAUGCCGCUGGGCAACUUUACGCAUUGCGAAUAGCAAAGCCAUGAUGUUAAGCAAAUUGAAUGGAUCAGUACUCGGGUGCUGGGUUGCUCAUGGUGAGGGCCGUUUUUCUUUCCGUACACCCGAAAUUUUACACAACCUUAAAGAAAAACAGUGUGUGACUUUGCACUAUGUAGAUGACAAUGCGAAGCCUACAGAAGUGUAUCCCAUGAAUCCUAACGGCAGCGCUGAAGGCAUCGCAGGUCUUUGCUCUCCAGAUGGUCGACAUUUGGCUAUGAUGCCUCAUCCGGAACGUUGCCAUGCAAUGUUUGAAUGGCCUUAUAUUUCCCCAGGUUUUCAGAUUACGAAAGGAGUUAGCCCAUGGCAAAUCAUGUUUAAUACGGCCAACGAAUGGUGCACCGCGGAAUAAAACAUUCGAAAUAUCUCUUUUUAUCUCUGUAUAUUGUAAUAAAUGCUUUUUAUAUUAUUUUUAAAAAUA